GCCCUUGCAUUUGGUUUGCUGUGUGUGGCAUGUGAUCGUAGGACCUUAUGAGAGGCACCCGUAGAGAUAAAAUGUCUACUAACUCGCCCAAUUGAAUUUGUACUUCCAGCAUUUUAAACGAUAGCCAAGAUGGUGUUGGAAUUAUAUUUCUAGCAUUUUUGUUAUUGAACUUUUUUACAAAGUUCAGCAAAUCACCUAACGCCUUGUUGGCCGGCGCCGUUUUUCUCACGCCACCUGUGAAGAACAUGGUUGGAGCAAGACAGAUCAUGAUGUGGAAGUGUGGGGCAAUACGGCUAAGCGAUAGCAAUAGGCGACUACAAUUUCAACCAAUGCUGACUGAUUUCGUUCUGUUGCGCUUAAUGUUGCAGUAGCGGAAUGCCAUUGCUCCAAUGGAAAAAUAGUGGAGUACUUGCAGUAAAAUUCUUGUAGGAAAGUCCGAGCACUGCAGUGGUAGUCCACGUCACAGCUGUUGGGACCAGACAUAGAACUACGUGUGUCCUUGAUGAUAAUGUCGCGAGUCUGUGAUGUCACCCAUGGUAUCCGAGGAGCCAGAGGAACCCGAAGCGUCCGAAGUGCCAGAGGUGCGUGAGGUGUCCGGAGAUGAUGGCGCCGGCGCAGGAGGAGGAGACGACGAAGGAAGAAAAUAAUUACUAUUGCCGCUGCCGUAGGAUGCCUCCUUCUCGCCAGUGGCUUGAUUAUCAUGACGAUCAUUCUCGCUGGCUCAGACACUGGAGAAACCUCAGACGAAGCUGAAGAGAAGGAUAAGUAUGAAGGUUACGCACCACGACCGCUGAUGCCGCGCCCUAAAACCACCCCACCUCCUAUACCCACCAAGACAUCGACGAAAGCGCGAAUAACGACAACGACUACAAGAACCACAACAAGCACAACAACCACAACAGCCACACCGACCACGACUGGUACCAUUCCGCAUUACUUCAUUAUGUGUACCGUGGGAGAGAUGUUCAAGUAUGACGACAGUUACAAGUCUGCGAACUGUGAUUACUUCAUCUUCGACAGCGUCAUUCCAACGGCAAGUGGAUUAAUUGGGUCUGAGGAUCAGCAUGCCUGGAUGGCGUUCAACAGCAUGACGUGGACAGGAAGUCCGAAGCCGGAACUUGGAAUUUCGUUUCCGGGAAGUGAUGUCGACCAGUUGACUGCUGCCAUCUCGCAGACUGUCGCCCUGAGUGCAUUGAAAAAUCUCUUCACAAAAGGAUUCAGACUGUUCGGCGUUCUCAACUGCUUCGGAACCGCGUCCCUACUUUCUAGUAGCAGAUCUGCGUUCGAAGGCUUGUUUGAUAAAAUACUCUCCUCGAUGGGCGCACCCCAAAGGGGUGCUCGGGGUGCAUUCUUCAUUGGACUGCACCUGUCGGCGGGAUCGACAGCGCAGAGCGCUUCACUCAUGCAGUAUGCAACCGCUAUCAAACACCUGAACGUUCUCAUUCUUCAGACUCGCAUCACUCCGGCACCCGCAGUGAAUGCGAGCGACUGCUUCAUCUACCCGACUAGCUCGUGGUCGCAAACUCCUACCGAGAACGGCACCUAUUCUUCAGUACAAAGGGCCGCCCAGAUGCUUUCCGCUGCACCCAACACAAACCUGUCCUUUGGUAUUUCCUUCUCGAUGCGCGUCAACAUCUAUGAGCUUCCAACGGAAGCGACGACUUCAUCGGCAGCUGCGAAACAAGCCUGUGCCUCUCGCAACUACGGAGACUUAAACAGCAUAUGCGGUCCAUCUGCUUACUCCACUUUCCUCCAGGACGAUGACUGUAUAAAUAUAGACUUCAUAAUCGGAAAGAAAUUCGCCUACACGUUUAGUAACCAACCUUGCAUCAACGUAUUAUACGAUAUGGCUAGGAAAGAAGUGCAAAAGAGUUCGAAGUUCGGCGUUCUGCUAGCGGACAUCAAUAUGGACACCGCUGAAUGUAUACAUUGGGAACGCCGGGAGACACUGUGGAGAGUUACAGAAGCGAGUAACUUCCUCCGCACCUUGCGUCGAGAUUAUCCCUGAAAGGCUGCACUUGGAGCUGCAAGCGAAAAUGCGUUAAUGAUAUUUGAAUGGCUCACCGCUAGAGUAAUAAAA